CUUUAAUCUCAUAUUUGAAAGGAGGUGACUCCAACUUUUGGUCAUAUAAGGAAUUCUUAAAGAAAAACCGCUCUACAAUCUGUGAAUCACCACCAUUUACAAAUGACUGGGCAGGACUCAAUGGCAGAUGGUUUGAAAGAUUUUUGCAAGCAGUAAAGUCCUUGAAUUUGCCUAACUCAACUUCGGUUAUCGAUGAAAUUGAAAAAAAGAACGUAAACGACGAUGUUCGUUCAUACUGGGAGGAUGUGAUAGAUGAACGCAAAAAGGCAGGCGCAGUGGAGUAUAUUGGAGAAGAAAUUGAGGAUGAUAUUAGGCCUCCGAUAAAAAAGCUCAGGGUGGAUACAGGAAAGAUACCGGAUUCAGCAGAACAGUUGUGCGAAAAAUCCUUUAAAAUACUUUCAACAGGCUCAUUUGUUGAUCUGAGACAAGGUGGAGUAAUUGAUGAAAAUGUUGAUGCCUUAGCAAAUUUCCUGAGGUUAUUAAAAGCGGUACAAUCAAGUGACCACAAACUUUAUGUUUUUAUUGAUGAAUACGAUGCAAGUAUGAAUGAAGCACUCAGAAACAAAACUAUUCUUACACAUCAUCAAAAAAAGGAAAAUGCCAUCAUUAAAAACAAAAUCGAACUAAUUGAAAGUUUCAAUAUUUCUUCCAAUUUGGUAUUACUAGAUGAAUUUUGGGAUUUGUAUGGGUUCAAAAAAUCUGAAAUUGAAUUUCUCUUAGAUAAUAUUUUUGGAAAUAGUUUUUCAUUCAGUAUUAAAAAUAGAAUAAUGAAAUGGCUGAAAGAUAAAUAUGCUGAAUACUAUUUUAAUCCUGAUCAACAAAAAAGAAAUGAUGACAUUAACCUAUUAUGUCGAUUUGUUGAACAAGUGCUGCUUAAACCCUUGAAGGAUAAUAGCAUUAAACAUUCAAAUGAGAAAGCAUUGAAGCAGAAAUUUUUGGAUGCUUUAGUUCUCACUCUUUAUGCAGAUAUUGAACCAGAGUUUCGGGUCAAUUUUCAGAGUAAUUAUUUAUAUGGAAAAACAAUUAAUUUAGUGAAAAUAAGCACUGAAAAAAGGAUUGCAAUUGAAUUCGAUAAUAUCAAAAUGGAGUGUAUCAAGUUUGAUAGAAUUCGAGAUAGUUGGCAAGAAGCAACUCGAAGCUCCCUAUCAUUAAUGAAGAAAUCAGAAAAUGAAAUUUUAAACCUUAAAAUUAAUGAUUUAUACUGA